UUUACCUUUAUCAAGUCAACCAGCAACUUUACCUGGACUUCUCCCUAAUCUUCCUCUUCAUCAUCAUUUUCAUCUUGUUCUGUACUUCAGUUGAACAAGCAACUAAAGCCAAGUUACCUUUUUUGUUGAAUGUGUGCUGUGAAAGUUUAUAUCUCCGCUUUGGAUUAACAUUCAUUGUUUAUCAAAGAGACUUUAACAUUCUGUGAUUGUCAACCAUUCUAAUGGAUUAUUAAUAUUGUGAAUUAAAUUGAUUGUCAUUUUUCAUCAUAAAACUCAUUGGUAAUACGACUGUAUUACUGUCAAAAUCUUGAAACGAAAUGCGCUCUUUAUAUUUACUUGCCAUUACAAGAGUCUUAUAAUAGCAUUUCAUUAACGCUAAACUAAUCUGUGUACUUUUUUGACCAUUUGUCAUCUCUGUCAACUUACCAACAAUUAAACCUUCAAUUAUAUAAUCUAUUGGUCCAUCAAAAGUUGAUUUAAAUCCAAAUUACAAGUGAUACUCAGUAUCAAUCGGAAAAAAAGUAGUUGAAGCAAAACAUUGUAUCAUCUUUUGACAAACAAAGCGGACAAACAACUGACAAGAUGGAGGCAACCAAACGAAACGGAAGCCCCGGAGGAAUCUUAUAUGAUCCAGGAACCCCUGAACACUUUAAUUAUUACCAUUAUCAGGCCAAUUAUUUGCGAAAUUCUCGAGCCAUCGGUGUUUUAUGGGCCGUAUUCACCAUGUGCUAUGCCAUUAUCAAUUUUGUUGUCUUUGUACAGCCUCAAUGGCUUGGUGACACCGAAACCAGUAAAGGCACAGGUUACUUUGGAUUAUGGAAAUCUUGUCGUCUCCUUCAAGAUGGACAAGAUUUAAUUUGUGAAGGCAGAUUAGAUGAUAUAAGCAGCAUACCAACACCAGCUUUCCGAGCUGCAACGGUAUUUGUGGGCCUCUCUGUGGUCAUCAUUACUCUUUGCUUAUGUUCAUUUGUGCUCUUCUUUUUUCUUCACUCAUCAACCGUCUUUCACAUUUGUGGCUGGCUUCAAGCCUUCAACUCGAUGUGUAUGCUUGCUGGAGUCUUGAUAUUCCCAGCUGGUUGGGAUGCUCCGAUAAUUAAAGAGGUUUGUGGUCGAGCUGCUGAUAAUUAUGUCGCUGGUCAGUGCGGCAUUCGCUGGGCUUAUAUUCUGGCCAUGAUUGGUGUCGUUGAUUGCGCUGUCCUCUCGAUAUUGGCCUUCAUUUUGGGCACUCGAUAUGUUAAGAUGCUUCCAGAUCAAUAUCUAAACACUUCUGGUUCGGUUUACAAAGAAGCAGAAAAUCAAUGAACCUUCAACCCGUCAUGCUGAUGCCCAAUAACAUGCCAAUUCCGGAUCCGGAAAGGUAUUCUGAGUAUUCAACCAAAACAGGUCGAUCCCAUAAAUCAAUGCAACAGCUGACAAUGCCUUCACCAACAUCAUUUCAUCCGGCAGCUUUCUCUGUUAACAAUUUUCAAUUAUAAUUCCAUCAUCUCAUUCAUUAACCCCGUUAAUCACCAUAAUCAUCUUCUCAAAUACUCAUCUUUCAUCAUAAAAACAACAACAAUCAUCAAUCCAUUUCUCAACAUGUUUUAGUUUCUGUUGUUAUUCAAUUUAUUUCAGGGGGGAUCAAAAUUCUUGAUUAUUCUCAUCAAAAAUAAUAUAUCAUCUUCACCAACAUCAUCAAAAACAACAACAUUUUUUGUCUACACUUGCUAAUCAAUUUGCUCAUCAAAUCGCGGCCAUGUUUAACCUUCAUCAAACUAAUCAUCAAUCUCACCAUCAAUUGGUUAAUCAUCAUAAUUAUCAUAAUCAACUUUAAUCCAAGCAUCUUUGGACACCAGCAAAAACCUUAGAUUUUUCACAUUUCUCUAUUUUUCUACUCGUAACCUAUUGAUUGAGAGACUAAAUUGUAUCAAAGAUAUAUAAUUAAUUUACUCAGAUGUACCUUUGAACAAUUCACUAAUUGUUCAAAUUUCCCUUUACCUUCAAUUGUAUCACUCAUUAAAUGCCAAGUGCCUUUUGUCCAAA